AUGUUCAUGAGGUGGAAUAAAAUAUCACGGUAUACCCUAUUAAGUGGUAUGGUAGUUUCCUUUUGGUUAUUCUAUAGAUCAGAGAAUUUCAAUUUAUUGAGAAGAUUAAUUAGCAAGCUAAGAAGUUUGUUCCCUCUUUUUAUAAAAAACAACUUUUUAAAUAAUGAAAUUAAGAAUAGUGUAAAAAUAUAUUUUGGUAGUCAGAGUGGGACAGCAGAAGAAUUUGCCAAAGAAUUAAAAGCGAACUUGAAUGAUUUAUUUCAUAUACAAGCAAAUAUUAUCGAUUUAGAAUAUUUUAAUAAAGAAGAAAUAAAAUCUUUUGGAAUCCGUAUAUUUAUUGUUGCAACGUAUGGAGAUGGAGAACCAACGGAUAAUGCAGUUGAAUUUUUUAAAUGGUUAAAAAGUUUAAAUAAUGAUAAUGAUUAUUUUAGAAAUACUAAAUAUUCCAUUAUGGGUUUAGGUAGCAAACAAUAUAAACAUUUUAAUAAGAUAGCUAAAAAACUUGAUACAUUUCUUUUAAAUUUUAAAGCUCAUCAAAUUAGUGAAACUAUUUAUGGUGAUGAUGAUGAUAAUAUAUAUCAUGAUUUUGAAGUAUGGAAAAAUAAAUUUUUUAUGCAACUUCCAAAAUUAUUAAAUAUGAAAAAUAUACCUAUUUAUGUACCCAAAGAAGAUAUUAUUGAAUUGACAUCUUGGAGAGACAUGGCAGAAAUUAAGUUAGAUAUACAAUAUUAUGAUCAUUUAAUAGAAGAAGAUAAUAAAAAAGAAAAAAAUGUAGUAACAGAAAAUAUUAUAAAUGAAAGUGUUACAAAUAAUCAGCAAUUAUUGAAUCAUAACCAAAACAAUUUAAGUAUUAAUAACAAAUCAAAUUAUAUAAGUACAGAUAUAAUAGGGAAAUUUUAUUUUAAUCAUCUUACAGGAAAAGUUAUUUCCAAUACAAAAUUAUUAAAAAAUGUGGAUUUAUCGAAUAACGGAGAUAAAGUUAAUCAUAUCAAUAUUAGCAUUGAGGAUAAUAUUAUUUAUAAAGCUGCAGAUAAUUUAUCUAUUUUAACAAAAAAUACAAAAGAGGUCAUUACCUGGUGGUUAAAACGAUUAAACAUAGAUGAAAAAGAGAAAACAAAAAAAUUCACCUUUGUAAAAAGAAAUAAAUUAAUAGAUAAUUCAUUUACUAUGAAUGAUCCAAAGGAUGAUGUAAAAAAUGAAACAUUUAACAAUGAUGUUAAUAAAGGGAAUAAUAAAACAAAUAUUGAUUAUAAUAGUAACAAUAAUGGUAAUAAUAAUAAUAAUAAUAAUUAUAAUGAAUAUGAUGAUAAUCAUAUAUAUGUACCCUUUCCAACACCAUGUAGUGUUGAAGAUGCAUUAUCAUAUUAUUGUGAUCUAACAACUAUUCCAAGAUUGAAUAUUUUAAAAAAGUUUAAAUGUUUUAUUAAAGAUAUAGAAGAACUUAAAAUGUUUAACUUUAUUUUAUCUAACAAUCAAAGGAAUACAUUCUUUAACAUAUGUAAAGAAUGUGAUAUGACAUUUAUAGAAUUUGUUGAUAUGUUCAUGCAAAGUGCUGUAUUUGAAUUAUCUCCAUUUUUACAAUUAAUACCUAGGAAUACUCCUAAAAGUUAUACAAUUUCUUCUUCUCCAAAGGAAUCAAAAGAUAUAUUAUCAUUAACUGUUAAGAAGAAACAAUAUUGUAUACAUUCUCUUAGAAGAGCAUUAAAAAAUUUAAAAACAAAUGAUAUGUUUCCAAAAUUAAAUGAACAAAAGCUACGAGAACUUUGUAGCAGAAGAUGGUUUAAGGGAUCAUCCUCAUACUAUCUAACAGAAGAAUUAAAUGUAAAUGAUAUAGUUAAAUUCAAUAUAAAACCUUCCAAAUUUGUUCUCCCAGAAAAUAUUCAAUCAUCUCAUAUUAUUAUGAUUGCUACAGGUGCAGGAAUUGCACCUUUUAAAGCUUUCCUGAGCGAGUUUAUAUAUUAUGAUCAACAAAUUGUAAAAGAUAAUUUUGUAAGAAAAGGAAAAAGAAUAUUGUUUUAUGGGUGCAGAAAAAGAGAAGUAGACUUCCUCUACGAAAUGGAAAUUAUGGAUGCUCUUGACAAGAAACAUAUUGAUGAAACAUACUUUGCAUUCUCACGAGAUCAAGAAAGUAAAAUAUAUGUCCAAGAUUUAAUUCUUCAGAAAAAGGAACUUGUAUGGAAUUUAUUACAAAAGGGUGCAUAUAUUUAUGUUUGUGGAAAUAGUAAUAUGAGUAAAGAUGUAAACAAAACCAUUAAUAGUUUGCCUCUCCAUUUUAAACAAAAUGAUAAAAAAUUUACGAAAAAGUUGAAAAAAUCUGGGCGUUAUAUCUAUGAGAUAUGGUAA